CAACGCCAGUUCCACCAAUGCAAAGCAGAGAAUGAGAUUAGGUCACAAAAGUUCGACUCUACGUUUCGCAUUUCCUUCCCUUCCACCCACUUGCUUGAUAGUUCCCGAUGCUCACAACGUGUCCACCUUUCCUUUGAAAGAUAAGCAGCAAUUGUUAUCGACGGAAACUCCAAAGAUUCAAGGUGAAUGGAUAGGUUACAGUGCGACUUACGAAAUAGAUAGUGGAAAAGUUGUCCAUGUCCCAGAAAAGUGGGUACCCGAUGCUUUUAUCGACUGGGGCGUGAUCGUCAAUGGAUUGGAACACAUGACUUCAGCAGUGUUGGAUGGUGAUCUAUUGCGCAUCAAAGAGACUCUCAUAUUGCCCAAAGUUGGGUGUGAAGAAGACUCCGUUGCCGUGGAUAUUUCCGAAUAUCAGAUUCCCUACAAAAGUGUUGCUUUUGUACCUUUUCCUGGUGGCAGUUUCUCUUAUGGACCUACAAGUUUACAAGGAGAUGGUAGUCGUUUGGAUAUAUUGACCCAUAUGGCAUUCUCUCAUUCCACCGAGAGUGAGAGAUGGACUCGUUUAGGUGUCACUGUAUCUUUUGAAACGAAAAGAAUUCAUCUGGUGAAGGAAGAAUGGAACUCGGAAUACAAUGGUGGACAAUCUUUGAUCGGUUGUGGAGGAAAUAUUGAGGCAUUCGAUGAUGAUCAAAGGUUGGAUCCUUCUGACCUUUUACAGUUUCAAAAGGGAAACAAGAUAACUUGGUCAAAGGACUUGGGGAUGGAAAUGCAACAAGAUACCGACUGCGCAGUGCCUUGGACAGUUGAUAGAAUAUUAUUUGAUUGGUAUUUGCCUGCGAAUGCCCAUGUUCGUUGUUUCUAUGGAGAAGAUGAUCGCUUUUGUUUACAAACAGGAUGGUUGGCAACUCCAUCUCAGUACUUUUUAGUUUCCAGAGAAUAUAAUCAUCAACAAGAGUUUAUUCAGGCUACAUGGUUUGAAAGUAAAGUUGAUAUAUAACCUUGCUACGAUAAAGAAACAAGGGAAUAUCGUAACAUGUGUAAGUUAUUAUAUAUUC